AUGGCACCUUCAGCCUCCGUCGUCACUACCUUUGAGGAAGACGGGGACGAAUUCUACAAGGUGAUCGUCCAGGAUACAGAGAUGAUCAUCCCCCGCCGCUAUCAGAAUCUGCAGAUCAUUGGAUUUGGUGCCCAAGGCAUGGUUUGUUCCGCUACAGACACGGCUUGCAGUAGCGAAAAUGGACGCCACGUAGCGAUCAAAAAGUUGCUGUCACCUUUCAGAGACUAUGUUUUCGCCAAACGGGCUUACCGGGAGUUGACGCUAAUGAACGCUCUCCGACAUCCAAAUGUGAUUCGACUGUACAACACAUUCACGCCUCAGAAGGACAUAGAGCAUUUCAGGGAUUAUUAUUUGGUGAUGGAGCUGAUGGACGGUCAGUUGCGACAGGCGACAUCUCUAGACAUGGAAGUCGUAUCGUACCUCCUUUAUCAGCUAUUGUGUGGCUUGAAGUACCUGCAGAGUGGUGGCAUCCUGCACCGCGAUUUGAAACCUAGCAAUAUCGGCGUCAAGAGGGACUGUACGCUACGUAUCAUGGAUUUCGGCAUCGCUCGUCGUCUGCGCCCAUCCUUACGGCACAGUCCUUAUGUACAGCAGAGGUUCUACCGGGCUCCAGAAAUUAUACUAGGAAUGGAUUACGACGAAAAGGGCAGGUUUAUUUCUUUUGACAUCUGGUCGGUCGGCUGCAUUUUGGCUGAGCUAUUUUCCGGGCAUAUUCUUUUCCCGGGUAUCGGCAUCUUCGACCAAUGGGGCAAAAUCAUCGAGAAGCUCGGUACACCGUCCUUCGAAUUCAUGCGUCGCCUGAAGUUGAACGUGCGAAUGUACGUGCAGAACACACGUAGGUACGAUGGCGUAAAGUUCGAUAUGCUCUUCCCGGACCGAUAUUUCCCUCCCAACGGUGAACAUCCUGAUCAUUCCGCUUCCUGCGCUAGAGAUUUGUUAAGUAAAAUGUUGGUGAUCGAUCCGCGUGAAAGAAUUUCCAUUCAAGAGGCACUGCAGCACCCAUAUGUCAAUCAGUGGUACAACGAACAGGAGGCAAAUGUGGCCGCACCACAACUACCUCAUGACUACGAAGACGAAGAAGAUUUCACAGUGGAAGAGUGGAAACGAUUAACUUUCGACGCCCUGAAUUCUUAUGAAUCGGAACACGACAUUUUUGGCCCUGAAGUGUCACCAUGA